AUGGAACCGCAGUCUGCUUCAUCCGACCCUGAUGUCCCACCUUCAACUUCGUCUUCAAAGCUUGGCCAGAGCAACUUCAGGAGAGUCAGCCGAACAGAGGAGAACAGUCCAUAUCCCAUCCCUGGCCUAGCAGCAGACAUCCUGCACAUGCGAGUGAAAGAAGGAAGUAAGAUCCGUAAUUUGCUGCGGUUUGCAACAGCUCGCAUGCAAGGGGAAGAGAAAGACAGCACUGGGACAUCACUGAGACAGGUGGUCUUCACUGGCUCAGGAAGAGGAGUCACCAAGACCAUCACUUGUGUGGAGAUUCUGAAACGGAAAGUAGGAGGGCUCCACCAGGUGUCCAAGCUCUACUACAAGACAGUGAAUGAGGUCUGGGAGAGUCCACAGCAGGGAGCCCCAGGUAUAACCAUGCAGCGGACAGUCCCUGCCAUCUGUAUCCUGCUCUCUAAAGACCCUCUGGAUCCCCAGGAGAAUGGAUACCAAGCCCCCCAAACCCAGAGCGUCCUCACGGAAGACACAGAGAGACGUAGAGGUCUGAUCAGGCCAGCUUCCAGUCCCUCCUCACAGCACACAGCCAAGAGAGCUUGUUUGGAUGAUUGGAGUGUAGGUUCCCCCUGA